AAAGUUGGGCUUGGUAUCUAAGAAAAACUCUGCUUAUAAAAACCACACCAAGAACGAGAAGAAGAAGAAGAUUAAAAUAAAGAAGAAGAAGAAGAAGAAAUGAAGCUAGUUUGGUCUCCUGAAACAGCAUCGAAAGCUUACAUCGAUACUGUCAAAGCAUGCGAGAUUUUUCGAGAAUCAGGCGUGGCGGAGCUGGUUUCCGCCAUGGCAGCCGGCUGGAACGCCAAAUUCAUCGUGGAGACAUGGUCACAGGGAGGACCGAUCACUACCAGCAUCGGCCUCGCCGUAGCUAGCCGCCACACGGGCGGAAGACACGUGUGCAUAGUCCCUGACGAGAAGUCGAGUUCGGACUACGUCAAAGCCCUGAGCGAAGCUGGGGUUUCGGCUGAGGUAAUCGUGGCCGGAGAUGCCGCAGAGGAAGCCAUGGAUGGCCUCGUCGGGGUCGAUUUUCUGGUUGUGGAUGGCCGGCAAAAGGACUUCGCUAGAGUUCUGAGAGUGGCGAAGCUGAGCCAGAGAGGAGCCGUUCUGGUUUGCAAGAACGCGACUUCGAAAAACGCCACCGGUUUCAGGUGGCGGAGCGUGGUGGAAGAAGGUGGUUGUGGGUCGCGGCGGUUGGUUCGGUCUGUGUUUUUGCCGGUCGGGAAUGGACUUGAUAUUGCCCACGUCGGCGCCGGUGCCGGAGGGAGUUCGAGUCCGGCGAAGGGAGAUCGUCGGAGAUGGAUUAAACAUGUGGAUCGACAAUCGGGAGAGGAAUAUGUUAUUCGAAAGUAAUUUUUAGCUGAGAGAAAACACGAGAAAAUCUAAAAAUUAUUUUUAUUUUUAUUUUUGGAAUUUAAUUAUAUUUUUAUGUACAUAUUUUACACUUACCAGCAACCAAUUGUUAUAAAAUUGUUUUUUUUUAGGAGACAUAUUAUAUGAUUUCAACAAUAUGAAUCAUUUUAAGAAA